GACAUUAUUAGCCCACAAUGAAAACAAAAAGGAUAAACUUUUUUUUGAACUUUUACGCACUCUAAAACUUACGAAAAAUCUCUAAACCCUUUAUGGGGAUGGUGACAAGGAAUCAUUCGUCUUAUAUACCCUUCUUCCUUAAGAAGGAAAAAUGACCGACAUGCUUGAAGAAAUGAAAAGGGAGGUAUAUGCGUUUAGUGCUUUCCCAAUCUCCUUUUACUAAUCGUCCAUAGAUUACCAUAAAAUGAUCCUGAGCCCACUCUUUGAAACCUCAUUGAGUGUGUUUUAAGUAUAACAUUUCUGUUUUUUUUGUGUGUGCGAGUGUGGUGUUAUAAUCGAAUCCCACCGUAAAAUUUAUUCCUUUAAUCCAACACUACCUAAAAGAAAACGAGACCUCUUAAGCGAAAUGCUUCCCCUAUCUCUUUAUUUAAAGACCCUGUCACAUUCCUUCAUUGCAUUCUCAUUUUUUUCGUUACUAAAAAAGUCUGUUAACACGAUCGAAAGAGUUUACAGAAUUAUUGUAAGCGGCAAACUACAUAUUCCACUAGCGGUGUAUCGUGUACUACACCACCUUUGUUGUAUAUAUACUUAAAAGUUCACUGUAUCCUCCCUUGAAAACUUAAUAAAAACUAUUGCUCCUAUUUUUAAAAUAUCACUCAUUGAUUUUGACUUUUUGCAUUUAUGAUUAAGAGGGUGUGUGUUUAUAUAUGUAGACAUCAACUUAGUGAUAUUAUCUUUUCCUUCCUCUAUCUCCACGUUUUGUAUUGUCUUUGAGUUAAAUCGUAAACUAGUUGCACGGUGCAUCGCUAACGGCGAUUGGGAGAUCAACCAAUCGGGUAGUGAAAUAUAUAUAAAUAUAUUCUAUUACUGCUAUCCAAUAACCUCAUUAGAAUCUUAUGGUGGUAUGCAUUUUACCUUUUCUAUGCACUGUA